CCCACUUCUGCAAUGCCGACCUCACCACCUCCCCCUCUUUACGGCCUCUAGCGUAUCGAUACUAUCAGAUCUUAACUUGGCAGUUGAUUCGAUAAGCCCUGGAGCUUGUCGUUCGUGUCGCCAUGCGCCCGCACGUAGCGAGCAGCUCCCUAGUCUGCCUAGUAUUUUUCCAUAGUUGUAGUCAAUGACACGUCUUCCACCACUAAUGGCUUUCUUAUGAGCUUGUCCAUUCUUACAUGCUCGAGUAGUGUUUUGACUCCUCCUUUCUAGCAUUGCAUUUGAGCACUCUUUCUCAAUAUGGCGCCUCGACCAAAGGUGAUGGAGAAGCUGACGCGGGACGAUGCUAGCAAGCUUGACAUCGUAAUCGUCGGAGCCGGCCUCGGCGGCCUCGGUGCAGCCAUCGCCCUCCUUCUCGCCGGCCACUGCGUCCAUAUCCUCGAAGGCGCCUCCCAAAUCGGCGAAGUGGGCGCGGGCAUCCAAGUCCUCCCCAACAGCUCCCGCGUGCUCAUCUCAUGGGGCAUGGAGCAGGCCCUCGAAUCAUACGCCACGAAGCCAAAGCAGGCCAACAUGCUCGGGUGGAAGGGCAACUACAUCUCGCACAUGGACUUCCACAAGUAUGAGCAAGAGUGCGGGACGCCGUUCUGGGAUUUCCAUCGUGCCAAUCUGCACAAAUGCUUGCUGGAUCGGGCGGUGGAGCUUGGGGCGGUGCUGGAGGUUAAUGCGAGGGUGGUGGAUGUGGUUACCGCGGUGGACGAGCGCACAGCGGAUGUGGUGAUGCAGAAUGGGACGAGGAGGACGGCGGACUUGGUGGUGGGAGCUGAUGGGAUCAACUCAAAGUGUCGGGAGAUAUUGCUGGGAAAGGAGGAUCCGCCGAUUUUGACGGGUGAUUUGGCGUACAGGCUGUUGCUGAAGACGGAGGAUAUGAUGAAGGAUCCGCAGUUGAGGGGAUUUGUGGAGGAUCCGCAGGUUAAUUACUGGAUGGGUCCUGAUGCUCAUGCUGUAAACUAUGUUCUGAGAGGCGGCGAAUUAUUCAACAUGGUUCUGCUAGUACCAGAUGACAUGCCUGCUGGUGCCUCUACACUCGCUGGCAACGUCGAGGAAAUGAGAGCGUUAUAUAAAGAUUGGGAUCCAAGAAUCCCGAAACUGCUCAACCUGUGUCAGUCCGUAGACAAGUGGCGCCUCUGCAUCAGACCCACUCUGGAACCGAGCUGGUCUCAUCCAUCAGGCGCUUUCACUACUCUUGGCGAUGCCGUACACGCCACUCUCCCCUAUCUCGCCUCUGGGGCUGGCAUGUCCUUGGAAGACGGACAUGUACUAGGACUGUGUCUUUCACGCUUGACCUCCAAAGCUCCAGCAGAGAAGAAGAAGGCUCUAGCAAUCUAUGAAGAAUGUCGACGGUCUCGAACGGAGAGGAUUGUGCAGCGAGGAAAUGUGCAACAGCAUCUGUACCAUGUGCACGAUGGACCGAAGCAAAGAGAACGAGACGAGCUACUCCGUGCCUUUGGAGCACGAGAGAACGAUGGGGUUGCGCCUACAACAGUGGACCUUGUAGAAGGGAAGGACCCGUUGCCGUGGCGGUGGGGAGGUGUGGGAAAGUGGCUACUGACUUAUGACUGCGAUAAAGAAGUCGAGGAGCAUUGGAAACCUUACGGUGCAUCGGAAAUGGUGAAAACCCUUGCAGCCCAGCAGAGAGCGCAUUUAUAGAGCAGUAGAUGAUGAUGUAAUGGAUAUAGUGGUCGGGUACAAAACUCUUGGAGCAUCAGUGUUAAUUGCACUGCUUCAUAGAUCUUUGACUAGAUCUGAGAGUCGAAGAUAUCUUCAACUACUUUGACUGCGGUCGAGCGGUAAUCGAAGACGUUAUAGGGGCGACAGGGGUGGCGCGUCCCGUGACUCGUCAAUUUUAGCGCGAUCCAUGUUUCAUCG